AACUAAAAAGUUAGAAAAAGGUGAAGGAAAAAAAUAAAAUCAUUCUUCGUUUCCUUUUCCUCUUUUCCGAGUUAGGUCCCAUAUACAUUUUUUCUCUCUUAUCAGUGAACCAAAAGUAAAAUGGCUCUGCAACUAUGGGAAACGCUUAAAGAGGCAAUCACAGUCUACACAGGUCUCUCUCCUGCCACUUUCUUUACCGUUGUAGCUUUGAUUUUGGCUAUUUACUACGUCGUUUCGGGGUUCUUUGGACCUUCCGAUACUUACGAGAGGCCUAGAUCUUUGGAGGAGGUUCAACCUCUGCCUCCUCCCGUUCAAAUCGGCGAGGUCACUGAGGAAGAGUUGAAGCAGUACGAUGGUUCCGAUUCGACUAAACCUUUGCUCAUGGCUAUCAAGGGUCAGAUCUAUGAUGUCACUCAGAGCAGGAUGUUCUAUGGACCUGGGGGACCUUAUGCAUUGUUUGCUGGAAAAGAUGCUAGCAGAGCUCUUGCAAAGAUGUCAUUUGAAGAGAAAGAUCUCACCGGUGAUAUUUCUGGUCUUGGUCCAUUUGAGCUUGACGCCUUGCAAGAUUGGGAAUACAAGUUCAUGAGCAAGUAUGUUAAGGUUGGAACCAUCAAGCAGACAGUGCCGGUAACUGAUGCCUCUCCCUCUGGGGGAGCAGAACCCACCACAUCAAGCCACGAUGAUAAGCCUACCGUGGAUGGUCCAGAAAAGCCAGCAGUUAAAGAGGACAACCCUUCUGGUGCUGAAGCUGCGAGUGAAUGAUUGCUUCAAAUUGGGAGAUUUAUGGGAUGAGAAUAUUAGUCAUGGGGAUACCCAAAGAUGAGUGUUUGGUUAAUUAGUGUCUUGGUAAAACAAAUAACUCCCUGUUUGGUAAAAUUUGGGUUUGAGGGCUGCAACUGACUGUACUCUAUUUAUCUUUGGUGUCUUGUGUAGUUAAGGACAUCUUAUAUAGUUAAAUCCAGGAACUGUAUUUUCUUUUAAGCUCCAUAACAAUGUCUUUUCUUGUUAUCAAAAUAAUAUGAAACUCAUUUACAUUGCA